AUGCCACAGGCAUCGUCGGAGGUGGCAUCGGCGGCCUCGGCCGCCUACUUCGUCCGUCAGCUGUUCAAGGAGGACGCCGACAUUCAGCUGUACGAACAGAACAGGAUCGGCGGCCGCCUGGACAUGGAGGAGGUCAACGACCACUGGUUCGAGUCUGGAGGCUCUAUCAUACAUACCAAGAACAAGUACAUGAUGGAUUUUAUUGAUAAAUUCGGUCUGCAGCGCAGACCAGACUCUGACGACACGUUCGGCCUCUGCGACGGCCAGCAGCUGCUCUUCGUCAGCUCCAGCUGGUCUUUCGUCACCAUGGCCAAGCUCUUCUGGCGCUACGGCUACGACGUCAUCAAGCUGCAGCGGCUGGUGUCCGCCAUGCUGCUCAAGUUCCGCAGUAUUUACAACCUGCUGGACUCGGGCGCGGCUUACGACACCGUGGAAGACCUCAUAAUGGCCAUGGACCCCAGUCUGAUCAAGCUGAUGGGCCUUCCACUCUCACAGUACCUCAAGUAA